CUGACGAAUAUAAUGUCCUAAAGCGCAGACACGACAUCUCUCUUUCUCUGUUUUCUGAUACAUUAUUCAAAUUCAACUUCAACAAUUUAUUUCGACAGUAACGGUAGUAAUUGUCAGCUGUCAUUUUAAGAUUAAAUCAAAACAAUUGGAUAACAAUGAUGGAUAACAAUGAGGCAGUAUCACUUUCAUACAAUGAUUCAAUUUCUGCUGCAACUGGUGUCAUAAAGUGUCAGAAUGGGAACGUGUCUGUUGAAGAGAGCUUGUUGCUUCGACACUUGCAAAGAAGCAUAUCGGAAACAACAGAAGAGAAUGUUACAUUUACAAAGGAGAUUACUAGUUUGUUAUCCAAAUUACAUCUUGAAGUUGAGAUGCUGCCAAAUGAUGUGAAAGAAGGUUUGGAGAAAUUGUCUUUGAUUUUAAAUGCCGAGAAGUUAUUUGAAUUUGAUGAAACUGCGCUACGUGUAAUUAGAGAACGUAAGAUUAUAGAGGAAAAAAGGCGACAACGAGACGAGAAACGAAUGUCAGUGAUAUAUGAUAAAUUACUUAGAAGUUCUAUGAGAUUACAGACAAAGCUCGAUCAUCUGCAAGAUGCAGUUGAUUCUCUCCAGAAUACUAUUGACACUACAGAGAAGGAUAAAGACACUUUAUACUGUAACAAGGUUCUAUUAUCUACAAAAUUGAAAGAAUAUCAACAAGCUGUGGAGAAAUUAGAAACAGAUUUAAAUGAUAUGCAGAUUGAUGAACUUUAUCCCGAGAAGAUAUUAAAUAAAUAUAAAUUAUACUUAGAAAGCACAAGCAAAUUGGCAGAUGUUAAUCAAUCACUUGCUCAAUACGAUGAGUUACCGCCUAAUUUAUUACAAGCUAAAUUAUUAUUAGAAAACAAAAGGAAAGAGUAUAAAAACUUAGAACAACUGUUUUUAGAAAAGACUCAAUGAUU